AAGCUUCAAGUCUGGCAAUACUGCGACCAGCAGCUGUCGUAAAACUUAUCCUUCAAACUUUCAAUUAAAAUACGUUUUUCUGAAAAAAUCGCUUAUCAAACUCCCAUACAUAAAAAUAAAACUAUUAUUACACAAUGUUUACUAAAAAAAAUUGGAUAUUUACCACCCAGCCGAACAGCUGUUCGCUGCUACCUCCCCCAACCCAUAAACCUACUGUCAAGUAAACGUCAAAACAGUCGCGCGACUCGCCAAGCGAAAAAACCUGCAGAAAAAUUGAAAUGCGGCGUGAAAGAUACUAGAAAAAUAACAAAUAAACACCGGGUAUCCGCAAUUAAAACGCUUAUGUACAUAGAAGCCAAAGUGUAGCAAUGGGCGACAAGGAGGAGCCCGUAACACCCGCUCCCUCGCCCACGGAGGAGGGUAUGGCCAAUAUUGGGUCUGCUGGAGCCGGGGAUCAGCCGCAAACUUCAGGGAAUAAUACCAACGUUAAGAUCGUGAUCAUUGGAGCUGGAAUGGCUGGCCUAUCGGCUGCAAAUCACCUUUUGCAAAACGGCUGUGACGAUUUCCUUAUUCUGGAGGCACGGGGCCGGGUGGGCGGACGCAUUGUGUCCAUACCGCUCAGCAAUAAUCAGAAGAUAGAACUUGGCGCCAACUGGAUACACGGCGUUCUGGGCAAUCCCAUCUUUGAGCUGGCCGUACAACAUGGUCUAGUCAGCGUGGUCAACGUACCGAAACCGCACAAGGUGGUGGCCACCACGGAGGACGGGCACCAGGUGCCUUUUAACAUACUUCAGGAGAUCUACGAGGCGUACGUCUGCUUUCUGAGGCGGUGCGAUGAGUAUUUCCUGUGUCAGUACAGCCCGCCGCCGGAUAUACACAGCGUGGGAGAGCACAUUAACUAUGAGAUCGAAAUCUAUCUGAGCGGGGUCCAGGAUCCCAAGGAAAAACGCCUCAAGCAAUCCAUAUUUAACUGCCUGCUCAAGCGAGAGACCUGCAUUACCGGCUGCAACAACAUGGACGAGGUGGAUCUCCUCGAACUUGGCAGCUACACUGAGCUACAAGGAGGCAAUAUAGUGUUGCCAACUGGUUAUAGCUCUAUUCUGCGACCGCUGGGUGCUCAGAUAGCCAAGCAGUCCAUACUGACCAAAUGCCCGGUGAAGAAAAUCCACUGGAAGCGGAAAAAGACCUUCACUGGGCUGGAGACAGUCGACGAGAACUCGGAGGACGAGCAUUCAGACGACUCUGAACGAACGGUGACGGAAGUGCCGACGGGGGAAAUUCGUGGCGCCUCCGUGGAGUCCAACACCAGCAGCAAUUGUGAUUAUCCUGCAGGCAACGUGCGCAUAGAUUGCGAGGACGGUCGAGUGUUCCAUGCAGCCCAUGUGAUAUGCACCAUACCGCUAGGCGUACUGAAAAACACCCAUCGCACUCUCUUCGAUCCUGUGCUGCCGCAGUACAAACAGGAGUCCAUCGAGAAUCUCAUGUUCGGCACCGUGGACAAGAUCUUCUUGGAGUACGAGCGACCAUUCCUCAGUGCCGAUAUAUCAGAGAUUAUGCUAUUGUGGGACGACGAUAAGCGGGAUAUGAACAGCUCCGAGGAGGAGCUGGCCAGCGAAGCGUAUCUCAGCAAGAAUUGGUUCAAGAAGAUAUAUUCGUUUGCCAAGGUGACGGACACGCUGCUCUUGGGCUGGGUCUCGGGCCGGGAGGCGGAGUACAUGGAGAAGCUCGACCAUGAGGCAGUGGCUGAAAAGUGUACGGAAAUACUUAGGAACUUUCUGCAGGAUCCUUACGUGCCCAAGCCAAAGCGAUGUGUUUGUACCAGUUGGAAGUCGCAGGACUUCACCGGUGGCGCAUACACCUCAAUACCGGUGGGCGCAACUCAGGAGGACAUCGAGAACCUCGCCCAGCCCCUCUAUGCCACGCCCCAAGCCAUGAAGCCCGCCAUAGUCUUUGCCGGAGAGCACACCCAUUCCAGUUUCUACUCUACCGUACACGGCGCCUAUUUGAGCGGACGGACGGCAGCGCAGCAUUUGCUGGCGAGCGAUGAGCCAGACGAAAUCAUCAUGGAGUCGGACGGCAGUGAUCUGAGCGCCUGGAUACAGGGCAUUGCCCUGGACUGAGUCUAAGCUAAUCAACGACCACUCAUCGAUUUUGUAUUAUAAUUUAUUAACGUUAUUUUGUACACUCUUUAAACGCUUUUUAGCUAGUGAUAUUUAAUUUGUUCGAUUGUAAUUUAUUUUGCUAGCGUCGUAAAACGAUUUAACUCAUUUUUGUACAUCCCUUGUGAGCAUUUGUUUUAUUUUGUUGAUGCAAUUAUUUUGUAAUUUAUUUGGAACCCGCUUGUACAUUACUAUAAAUAAAAGUUACGAAUUAGCUGAGCUGAUCAAUGUGCUGCCAACUCGAACAGACCGUGCACCCGCAGCAGCUUUCACUGUACUUGGACGAAAAAGUGUGCACAAAGACAUAAUGUUGUUUAGACCUAAUUACCGAUUAGCAACCAUAAGUGUAUGAAUACAAAUAUAUUGCCUAUUUUUAUAAAUUCGUAUUUAACGUAGAAAAGGUUGCACCAAAAGGUUGACACUAAGACGAUCGAACAAUGAGUGCAACUAAUGUAUAUUUGAAAGUAACUAUUGUUAACGUUAACUAUUUUGCUAACUAAAUUAUGCAUUGGUUGACUCUUUAAGGCGGAAAAGGAAAAGUUGGUAUUCAUAAGUCCGUUCUAACACUUGGAUCUGCAUAUUUAUUUGUAUUUGUGACAAAAAUAUCGACUUGUACGCAUAAAUAAAUAAAUUAAAU